AUACGUCAUUGCAUACUAUCUAGUUUACGUAUCGAUUGAUAUAUGCAUUAUUCGGAACACCAACAUUUGCCCCUUCUCAAAUGCAAUACCAAUCCUUUCAUUGACCAGAAUUAUCGAAUAUAACUAAACAAUUUAUCAACUACACCCAGAAUCCAAAAAUUGUCUCUGACAGAAACAACACAGCACAGCUAACAUGUCAUCCACCAUCUCCACAAGCGUUGGUAAACAACCCGCAGACCCUUACAAGUCCAAAAACUUCGAUCUCAGCGCACCUCUCAAAGAGAAAGUUGAGGAUCUUGUGAAAUUCAUCCAAGAUACUAAAUAUGGCAUGCUCACCACCAAGGCAUCGGAUAGUGACCUACUUUCAUCGCGCGCAAUGGCCCUUGCUGGAACUGAAAAUGGUGGUAUUGAUUUAAUCUUCCACACAAACCUCCACUCUGCCAAAGCCAUAGAUCUCACCGUGCAUCCCACCGAGACGAACAUGUCAUUCCUCAACAUCGCCACUGGCGAAUGGGCAUCUAUCUCCGGAACUGCAUCAAUUCUCGCAGGCGAGGAGAUCGUCCAGAAAUUCUAUUCUCCAGCCCUGCAAACAUGGCUAGGUGAUUUGGGUGAUGGGGUGCAUGACGCUAGCCCAUCGGACCCGAGAAUCGGUGUUAUUAGGGUAGAGGCGAAAUCGGCGAUUCAUGUGUUUCCGCGUAAGGGCCUGGUCGGAAGAGCGGUAGAUACGGGCAAAGCGAUUGCGAAGGGCGAGGUUCCACAGAUUAACAAAAUCCGGGAGUUGAGUACCGAUGAGCUGGCUCAAUGGCGGAACACACAUAAAGAAUAGGUUUUUACUACAGAGUAUAAGAAAUUGGAGGAUAUUCAUGUAACUGGUAAUAUAUUGGUUGUAUUGAACCAUUAGCAUAAAUCAUUCCCUGCCUGGGGGUAUCUCAAUCGACUUCGCUAAAAAAGAAUU